GAAAGUCAAGUUGCGUUAAUUAAAGAAUUACUAAAUGACGAAGAUGCUAGAAACAGAUUGAAGGAUAAUGAAGUGAAAUUAUUAACCCAAAUUAGUCACUGUCAACAAGAAACUAUCAAAAAUAGCCCUGUGAAAAGGUAUGCAGACUCUGGUGUUGUAAUUGUCCUAAUUACUGUACCUUACCUCGGUACCUGUAAUUACCAUAAUUAUCCUUGCACAGAUUUUUUGUACUUUUCAUAGAAAAGGUUACUGUACACUAGAACUGUAACAAGACGCUUUCCUUCCUCAACUUGUCAUUGGGUAGUGUACAGUGGGCCGCAAAGAUUGCCGUACCAGGAUGCGAUAAUUUAAGAUUUUUAGUCUUUCCUGACUGGAGCGCCAAUGAUUAUUGCCGUGUACUUGCGCUGGUACUCAAUAGUCAUUGUGUACUUACAGUACUGUAGUCUUUAAAAUAAAGUACAUAAGGUACAGGGACUGAAAAGUAUAUCCAAACUACGGGUUAAAACGAGAAGCACAAUUGCAUAUACAAAAAUUCGACUCCAACAUUUCUUAGUGCCAUCAGUCCAAUCGUGUUUUGCCCAAGACAUAUGUCAGACUCGUGAUAUAUAUACCAACUAAAUUACGGUAUUAAAUACCUUGGGCUUGGAAAGGUCACAUGGUACCAGCAAAAAUUAAGUACGCAGAUAGCAACAGUUCCGCGUACUUACGUGGUACGUCGUUGAAAAUAAAGAAGUACCAGACUGUAAUAUUGGCAUACCUCCGGUACCUACUAUAAGUACGCGAAUUAUCGCACCCGGCGUACCUCCUACUUAAUACGUUUCCUCUCAAAUAAACCCUAUUUUCUGAGCAGGAAAUGUAUUAAGCCCCCUCUCCCGACCUCUCUGCAUAAAGUAAUGAAAUGAAUAUAACUGGAACUAUCUUUUCUUGAAGCCAAAUCUGACUCCCGGACACGCGUGCCUGGGCUUUAAGACCCGCGUGUUUAUGUUCGUGUUUAUAGUUCAGGGAGCGAGCAUGCGGGUUUAAUUAAUAAGAGAAAACUAAAACGGUAAAGUCUACUAGGCUGCUUUACUUGAAUAAAUGCUUGAAUAGAAAGUUUUCAGCGCUGUUAAUUAAACAGCGUUGUUUAUUGUAAAUUUUAAGCCGGUCUGCCGGUUCUCAAGAAUACAUUCUCAUACAUGUUAACGGCCUGACCGUGCUCUUCGCAUGCGUGGACUGGGACUGGCCUUCGAGUUUGGUUUCAAAUUUCAAGUGUUGGACGUAGCGUUCCACAUUAGUUUACUGUCUUCCUUCCUUCCUUCCUUCCUUCCUUCCUGCGUUUCAGUAAAUCUAUAUUGACUAUAUAUGGCACUAACGGACAUUGCCAAAUUGAUUACAUUUUUGUUAAAUUUGGAUGGAAAUUAGCAGAGUAAAGAAGCAGAGUAAACUCGCAUCACGCUCGCAUAGAGGGAAGCAGAUAGACAGAUUUUCACUUUUUCAGAUUUUGCUCUGCGGGGGAGCCGAAAAUUCAGGGGGAGGUGAGCGAUGGGGCGCGUAGCGUAGUCGCUAGUGGGGUAGAUCCGUGCGUAAGGGGGCUACGAAGCCCCAUGCAAUGUUGAGAUUUUUUGGUCUUAUGUGGUUCAAAAUCCUUGUUUGUAGUCUUUAGUUCUAAAUCUUUAUUCAAUCAGACUAUUCAGGGUGCCGAAAAUUCAGGGGGAGGUGAGCGAAGGGGCGCGUAGCGCAGUCGCUAGUGGGGUAGCUUAGUACCUUCUUUUUGUAACUUUAUCCUAAUUUUAUAUUUAUUACUAUGUAUUAUUAACGGUACUGCAUAAAUUGUCUUGUCUACUGUCAUUUAAUCCAUGCAUUUCUGAUUUUCUGGGCGUGGGAGCAAAUUUGAAAUUUCUUGAGGUGGGGUGGGAAAACUUUCUGACGGGGUGCAUAAUAUUUUUGGGGGGGCGAACAAAUGCUGAUAAGUCCAUUGUAUAAUUUAUGCAUGAUAAACAACUUAAUUUGUUGGCUGAGGUGCAAGAUGUUGUUUCCGAGUGCCCUCUUGUUGGAAAAUUAUCCCCCCCCCCCCCCCCCCCUCCUAGUUAUAUAACCUUUUUCUGCUGUUUUUGAUCAUGACAAGCUAUAAGAUCGCAUGUGUGAUACAGGGUCUUAGCUAGCAUUUUAUAGUUUGGGUGUGUUUCUAAAUUUCCAGGGUGUGCCCUUGUCAAUUGCCUUCAAUAGCCAAAAACACGGCUCCAGUUAUGCUUGUCAACAAUAGGCUAUACCUAUGGUUGUUCUAUGCUGAAUAUGUUGUUCUAUACCGAAUACAAGGCGGGCAAAUGCUCAUAUUUCGCACUGACAUUAUAAUAAAUUACAGUAGUUUAGCAACUCAUGGGGCAUUUAAAACCAUUUUAACAAUACUACGGUGCCCAUUAUCCAUGAAAACAUUAAAACAUCACGGAUCACUUUUACCAAUUUCAACAACUACAGUAGAUUUUACAAAGAAAUUCUGUACGUUGUAAGUAGCAACACCUUAUUUUAUAAACGUACAUGCACGGCCAAAACUAAAUAAUGAAGCCGCGUUCAUUUCAUCUAGCCGUGUUUUUACAUUUUUGGCCGCGAUAACACGGCCAACACGGCCUUCUAGCUAAGACCCUGGUGUGAUAUGAAAAUUACUAGUGUAUAUGGUUUAUAUAAGUAUAAGCUGAAAAAACUUUUAACAUGAAAAAGUUUUUUUAACCUUUCAGAAACAUUCGAAUCUUACAGUAACUUUCCUGUUUAAGUCAUUGUGUUAUUUUUAGGCCUCGUGAACCAGAUGCGUCCCAGUUAUCGCCAACAUAUUCAGACAUUGAUUACACUGAUGAUGAUUUGGUAAGUGGUACUUAUUUCUUUGAAGCAUUAAUUUGUAGAAUAACCAUCCACAAUACUCCACAGAUGUGAAGCAAUACUGCAAGCGACUGAAAUAGUUCAAUCUUUUCUAGACCGGCACAAUGAAUAGGCUUGGUGACGUAGAAGAAGAGGUAAGCCAACGACACGGACCCAGGGUGUUAGCUAGAAGAUUAAAAAAUUCGGCAAUUUAAUAAAAAUUGGAAUUUAGUUAUUUAGUUUAGUCUGCGACAUUCAGACCGGAUUUAAGGAAUAUCGUGUUUCUUAAGUGACGUUCUUGUGGCUUGCGCCAUCUGAGCUCAAUUGAAACUUUUGAAGUGCAAGUCACCGCGCAUUGUUUUGCGUACUUAAAACAGACAAAUAUAUAUUUUAGAUGACAUCGUCCCAACAUUUAUAUGAUACCCAAUUUUCUUGACCAAAGGUUUGAAGUUGAACAAUCUUUUAUAUAUACAAUAGUUACGUUUUCGGCUGAUCUAAAUUGUGAAAUUGCUAGCUAAACGUAAUUGUGAAAACGGCGUGUAACGCCGAAUUUUUUACUGUAGCUAACACCCUGUAGCUAAUACCCAUUCGCUGUACAGUUCAACCUCCCUAAGCAGACGCCUCUCGUUAGCGGAUACCAUUCUGGGGUCAGAGCCAAACGUCUGCGAUAUUAUAUGAACCCGAUGGCGGACACUAGGGAGGCCCCGCCCCCAAUACUCUCUGAAUGAUAGUUCAAUAACUGUGUAACAGUCUCUAUACUUGUGUGUUUCAUUUUUAGGAAACCCCGCCAAAGAGGCUGAGGAAGAGUUAUUCAGUAAGUGCGGAGUAGUGUACCAACUGUUAAUACUUAAUAAUCUCACAGUUUGAAAUUAUAUAUCAUUUUAACUUUUUGUAAAACGAAUAUAAACAUUACGUUGAAAAUUUCCAGCCAUUUUGAAUUCUGUCUCGAACAAUAAUUGUCAACCCCCCACAGAGCGAAACCGCUUCCCCUAGAGUUUAGUUCAGACUGGCUAAAGAUUUGUGACACCCGUAUCCUUCAUGUUUUCGCUCGUUACUCUGGUUUUAACAAAUGAAUGGAAAGCCCAGUCAAAUUGCAUUCACGACCCAAUGUUUCGACACUCCAGUCUAGUCCCUUCAUCAGGAUCUGAAGUCGCAGCGCGGCUUCUCAUAUACCCAUGGGAUGACAUCAUCUGCCUGGAUGACAUCCUGUGGCAAAUAAGCCCCGUCAUCCCUAUUCAAUGAUUACUCAUAUUUUUAUAUCACGCUUCUAUAGGCAACGUCUUUGACCAUACUGUUAGUGGUAAUGAGUCUAGAGUUUUCCCACGCAGUCCGACUGGGCUUUGCGUUUAUUUAUUAAAACCAGAGUAACGAGUGAAAACAUGACUGAUAUUAUACCUCGCCGAAAACCGUAUCCUUGUUUGGCCUACCAUUCUAAAUUUCUCAUGUUAUUGAUUUUGUUACCAGGCUGCAGAUGCCCUGAUGCCAGCCAGUGAAGUUACAACACCUCCAGCAAGCAGUAUGUCUAAAGCUACGAGCGCAGUAUAUCUGAAACCAUUGGAGAACCAACCUACAGAAAGAGCACCUAGCAAGCCUCAACAUCAACAAGUUACAAGACUAUCUCAACAACAUAAUACAG